UAUAUUGACAUUGUCAUUUGAGACACGCGACGGUACGCAUACUACUGGUAUAUACAAAAAUCCAUUGCUUCUUAUUAUGCGCCUGUUACGAGUACCCAACCUCGUCCUGAUUUGUGGUUUUUUUAUAUGUGAUGUACGGCGUUGAAUCGAAAGCUGGUUUGAAGUUCACCAAUGCCCACUGUGAGUCCUUCAACAAAUCCUGGAUCGUAAUAAAUGAGUGUAGAUUGCGCGCCAUUAACCGAUAUGUUACGGUGUUGAAUAUAAAUAUAACAUUCCUGCAUCCUGCCUACCAAAUAAAGCUGAGUUCAUCUUUCAUGAAGAAAGCCAAUGGAUAUAAGCCAUUUGUGAUGGAUUUUACUGUAGACGCAUGCGAUUAUAUCGUCAAGAAGAAUAAUGCCAUUGCCAAUGUGGUAUAUUCAUUUUUCAAAAAUUUCAGCAACAUAAAUCACACUUGCCCCUAUUAUGGGGAUCAGUUGGUGCGAAACUUUUAUCCCCGAUCUGAUUUAAUUAAAUUGGUUUUUCCCAGCGGCGAAUAUGCUUUGCUGAUGAACUGGUUCCUGGGUAAGGUGAAAACUUUUGUUACAAACAUAUAUUUUACUUUUCAUGGCUGA